AUGGCCGAGCUCAUUGUGCCGUCUGCUUGGCUUGGUGUGAGAGGAGAACAAGGAAGAUGUGAAGGCGUGUUUGGUAACCUGCACCUGGCUGAGCCAGACUCCGGUCCAAAUGGUGCAAGUGCUCGUAUUUGGAAACGUGGCUCAGCAGAGCCGAACUCGAUUCAGAUCGUGUUUGUUUUGCAUGUACAGAUGAAUGCGGUGACCUUGGCCUCAGAACGCGGUAACAUUACCCCAAACGUUGUCAUUGCCAUUUCAUCGAACAUGUGCAGGGCGAGCGGCAUGGGGAACGCGGACUCGCCCUCCUCGGCCAAGGAGCCGCUGCCGCCGCUGCCCUUCUCCGGCGCCAUUGCAGGCCAGGAGGAAGAAGAUGGGGAGGGAGAGGGCUGUGUGCCGGCGAGCGCCUCGCGCGCCGCUGUCGUGGCCGUGGCCGUGGCCGCGCGCCGGGGACGUCGUUGCCAGGGCCAGGCCGAGCUUCGACCGGGACGCCUCGGCGCGGAGCCGACGGCGCUGUAG